GUUUUUGUCACAGUUCGGGCACAGAAUCCGUGGGUCAAGCAUCUUAUAGCAUACAUUCUAGUCUUUUUUAUUUCAUUCGAUAAGAGCCAACGAUUUUGUGCAUGCGAAACAAUAAAACAAGAUGUUUCGACUCAUCAGUUUGAUGCUGUGCAUCGGCAUAGCCAGCGCUCUAAUUUUCGACUUACCUCCGGAAGGUCCCAUUCAAUUUCCACUGCGAAACGUACAGAACUCUAUAAGCUACGAGUACAACUCCAAUUACGAGUCGAAUUACACGUCGGAAUUUCACCAGUACUUCAACAACAACAAAGGAUACAUUUUGAACCUGCCGAAACUGGGCCUUCCAGUGGCACCCAAUCCAUACCCAGGCUUCAUAGAGAGUAAGAAUGUCGUGACGAUCAACCUUCGAGAAAACGGCAUCUUCCGCGUAUCGCCUGGCUCCUUCGACGGCGUGCCAAAUAUGCAGUAUUUGGACUUGUCCAAGAACAGGCUAGCAUUCUGCGACUUCUUCAACUACGGCAGUUGCCUCCAAAUGCUGGAAACCCUAGUCAUCGAGGAAAACCAACUGCCAGGUGACAGCCUCUACAGGGAAAUAAGCAAGGCCGGCUGUUUCCCCCAUCUGCAGCAUCUCUUCAUCCGUAAGAACCACAUUCAACGGCUGAACUUCUCGCUGAGGAUGUCCUUCCCCAGCCUCGUGUCCCUGUACCUGUCCGACAACGAGAUCGACAACUGCGCCUUCAUCCGCGACGUUCCCUCGUCUCUGACUCACCUCUACAUCGAGCGCAACCGCAUCUCCAGCAUCAGCACUGCCAUAAUACAAAACCUCAGGACUCUCAAAGCCGACGGUAACACCAUCCAGUCGAUCUGCUACAGGAACUGCGACAGGUCCUCGAUCAAGCUCCUCGGUACCACGAGGCUCGAGACGCUCUCACUCUCCGAGAACAAAAUCACCCGCAUCGAAGCUUGCGCCUUCCGCGACUCUUUCAGCCUCACGAGCUUGAACUUGUCGGGCAACAUGAUCGAGACGAUUAACCCGUCGACCUUCACCUCGCUACGGAAUCUUGUGCAACUCCGCUUGGAUAACAACCUCUUGACGAGCGUGCCGAAUUUAAACGGCAACUGGAAUCUCAAGUCGCUCUCGUUACGCAACAAUAGACUGGCCGAGAUAAGGUGGGGAGCUUUCAGUGGAGUAUGGUGUCAGAAACUGCAAAAUCUCCAGCUCAGCGGCAACAACAUAAGGAUCAUCGAGGAAAACAGCUUCACCGAUCUCAUCGAGCUCGCGGAACUCGAUCUCUCGAACAAUCAGCUCGACGUUCUGCCCGUCGGCUGGAUGCAGAGCUUGCGGAAACUGAGUCACCUCGAUCUCAGGAGAAACAGGUUCGCGAACAUUUACCAGCUGUCGCUCGUCGUGUCGACGUCGCUGACGCAAGUUUAUUUGCAAAACAACAUGCUCGACGAGCGCGUCAAGGCGGAGAUCCAGCAAUACUGUCCGUUUGCGCAAAUUCACCUGGAGAGCUGCAAAUUAACGUGCAGCGUUGGCUCGCCUUACGCGAUGCCGCCUAAAAUAUACACGCCCGGAGUUGUUAAUUACAAGUUCAACUACACUUCGACGCAGCAGACCAAGAUUAAAAGCAAAAGACAUUCUUUUAAUUAUGGCAAGAAAUGAGCGAGACGUUACUUAAUUUAUUGUGUACAUUAAUUUUAGGUAUUUAAGAUAUUUAUUGCCCGUAAUUUGUUUUAGUAAAAAGAAGUUACAUCCAUCCUACUUUUUGUUAUUCUUUUUUUUAAACCAUAUUAUCAGUGGGUGAGAGCUGAACUUUGGAUACAGAGAUUAAAACUUUUUAUAAGUUAAUAUUGCCAACUAUUGAUACCUGGUAUCUUUCGACUUAUAUAAAUAAGCAAAUUGCGCAUUAUUCUAAUGAGGAAAUCACAGACAGUAUAUAAAAGCGUAAUUGUCACAGAAUCUCUUCAAUUGUGUCUGCAUGUUCGAACUGUGUGCAUCGUUCUUAUGGGAAUUAUAAGUUGGUCUUUGAAUAAACGAAAAAAUGCAUUCGCUA